AUGGGCCCCUGUACCGCCUCCUCAUGCUGCUGCCAGGCCCGUAAUCUGUCAUGGGCCCCUGUACCGCCUCCUCAUGCUGCUGCCAGGCCCGUAAUCUGCCAUGGGCCCCCGUACCGACUCCUCAUGCUGCUGCCAGGCCCGUAAUCUGUCAUGGGCCCCUGUACCGCCUCCUCAUGCUGCUGCCAGGUCCAGAGUGUGUCAUGGGUCCCUGUACGGCCUCCCAUUGCUGCUGUCUCCAUCGCCACACUCUGCCAUGUGCCACUUUCAGGUCUCCUCACACUGCUGGUGGGUUCCAUUUUGUCAUAGGGUGCUGGCAGAUUACGGGCCUCCCAUUGCUGCUGCCAGGCCCGUAAUCUGCCAUGGGCCCCCGUACCGACUCCUCAUGCUGCUGCCA